UUUACGCACCAGAACCGAACCAAGUCAGCGUCAGUAUCCUAUUGGGACCCCGGGGGAGAUCACCAGAAGGGGUUUGGAAACAGUAAAAGGAUAUCCUUCUCCAUAGUAAUGAAACUUUAAGAGAUUUUACUGUUUAUACACUGAACAGAUCCGAAGGUUGCUCCUGUUAUUUUGGAACCAUUGCGCGCGGCGAAUGUGAACAUCAAUUUACACCCAGGAACCGGACUUCACCGAAUACAAUGGCACAUGUACACGUGAGAUGCAUCUUGGCUUUGGCUUUGGUGCACAUGGUUUGGUCCUCUGGUGUCUUCGAGUUGAAGAUCCACUCCUUCCACACGGCGCAGCGCAUUUGCAGGAGACACAGAGACUGCCACAUCUUCUUCAGAAUCUGCCUAAAACACCCGGAGGAUGUGAUCUCAGCUGAGCCGCCCUGCACCUUCGGCACCGGCCACACCAACGUGAUCCGGGCGGAUCACACUUCGAUCUCCAGCAGCGCUCCCAUCAGGGUCCCUUUCCACUUCAAAUGGCCGGGGACUUUUUCAUUGAUCAUUGAAGCCUGGAACGCAGAAUCUCCCACAGAGUACACAGGUAGGUUGUUUCCAGAAAAAAGAGCAAAAGAAAUAAAUGAUGUUUAUGGCCAGAAAACCAAACCUCUUCUUUUGUUCUCAGACAACCAGAACAACCUUGUUAGCCGUCUGGCGACCAGGAGGAGGCUUGCCAUUGGCGAGGACUGGUCCCAGGAUGUGCAUUUCGGUGAGCAGAGCGAGCUGCGCUACUCCUACCACGUCUACUGCGAUGAGUACUACUUCGGGGACGGAUGCGCAGACUACUGCAGGCCGAGGGACGACACGCUGGGCCACUACACCUGCGACGAGGAGGGCAACCGCAUCUGCCUGGAGGGAUGGAAGGGAAACUACUGCUCUGAGCCCAUCUGCUCAGCGGACUGCAGCGAGAAGCACGGCUACUGCGAGGCCCCAGGGGGCUGUACAUGCCGCAUGGGCUGGCAGGGCCCCUCCUGCAAUGAAUGCGUGCGCUACCCAGGCUGUCUCCAUGGGACGUGCAGCCAGCCGUGGCAGUGUAACUGUCAGGAGGGCUGGGGGGGCCUCUUCUGCGACCAGGACCUCAACUACUGCACCAACCACAAGCCAUGCGCCAACGGGGCGACCUGCACCAACACGGGUCAGGGCAGCUACACCUGUACGUGUCGACCCGGCUUCGGAGGGACCAACUGUGAGCUGGAAACCAACGAGUGUGACAGCAACCCCUGCAAGAAUGGAGGCAGCUGCAAUGACCUGGAGAACGACUACUCCUGCACCUGCCCUCAGGGAUUCUAUGGGAAGAACUGUGAGAUCAUUGCCAUGACCUGUGCAGACGGGCCCUGCUUUAACGGCGGGACGUGCGUAGAGACGAUGACAGGAGGCUACACCUGCCGCUGCCCUCCCAGCUACACCGGCUCCAACUGUGAGAAGAAGCUGGACCGCUGCAGCAACAGGCCCUGUCUGAACGGUGGGGACUGUCUGGACCUGGGCCAGAGUAUCUUGUGCCGUUGUCAGCCAGGUUUUACCGGUGCCAACUGCCAGGUCAACAUUGACGAUUGUGCCUCGAAUCCGUGCCAAAACGCUGGGACCUGCCAGGAUGGUGUGAAUGACUACACCUGUUCCUGCACCUUGGGGUACACUGGGAAGAACUGCAGCGUGCGCUCUGACGCCUGCGGGGCCCGUCCCUGUCAAAACGGGGGCACUUGCUUCACCCACUUCACUGGGCCUGUGUGCCAGUGUCCAAAGGGCUUCAUGGGUCCAAGUUGUGAGUUCACACUUCAACCCAGUUUCAAGCCUGCUCUGCGGCAAGCCUCACAGGCCUCCUCCACCACCACCGUCACCAUCUCCUGCCUCCUGGCGGUCCUGGUGCUGGUUCUGCUCGCGGGCAUCCUUUUCCUGAGGCGGAGAAGGAGGAGGAUGGAGGGAAGGAAGCACCUGAGCGAUAUUGCAGUCUACAAUGAUUUAGAGGCCGUCAACAACCUGGGAAGCAGUGAGAGAGAUGCUUUCCUCAGUCCUAACGGCCUCUUCAAGAUCAGCAACAGCACAGCCCGCCUCAGCCUCACCCUCUGCCCUGAUGGCAGACCCGGGUACCGGCACAACCCAGUGGAGAGCAGCUUGGCCAGAGCCGAGCGCCAGGACUUCCUGUGGAGGGACGAGGCCAUGCUGGGCUCUGCAGCUGGGCUGAGAUGAAACUGGGGGAAAACACAUGUUGAGACAGGGGAAAGAACAUUUUAGCACUUGUUGCUUUUCUCUCUUUUUGAAGAGAGGAGCAAAAGCAUAAAUGGAUAGAAAUGUCAGUGUAAAAAGUGAAGUUCUGAGACAUGAACUAAUGAUGAUUUUUGGAAACUUAUAUUGGACUGUGCUGUUUUGAUGUUUAAGACCCAAAGAGACCAAUAAUGUAACCCGCCGCUGAUAGGACCUACAACACAAACCAAAUGCAGGAUGAAGCAAUAUAUUUUCAACACAUUCACUUUGUUUUCUUAAAAAAAAAAAGAUUUUUGUUUUGCAUUUCAAUCUUCCUUUGACCAUUAUUUCCUUGUUGUGCGCACCAUCAUUUUUUAUUCUUUAUAUUAUUUAUUUAUUUGAAAACUUGUGUUUAUGGCUUCAGUUUGAUUGUCACAGAUGUAGAGAUAUAUUUAUAUGACGCUGAGCGCAGAGCGACGUUUGAUGUCGCAUCCGGAUAUGUUAAAUAUCCCAAAGAUGAGGCGCAGGGAUGUAAGGAGCCAUUUCUUCGACUGAUAUAUACAGUAUAAUAUGUUACUGAUCAUGUUGUGCCAUUUUAAGUUCAUGCCAAAGUUUGUGUUCUGUUACAUGUUUUCAUUCAUGUUAUUUAAGUUCAUGUUGUGUGUGAUGUGGAAUAAAAGAUUUUUUAUAAACGGUU